UCGAACCAAAACAAAGAUUCUCCAGCUAGUGAACGAGUUCAUCUAAACCGGCUGCUUUCUACCACAACUCCCCUCUUUUUUUCUUACAUGAAGCCAGGUGACUGUCCAGUGGAUGAAUCCAGCAGUCGGUCCAAACAUUAAAUUGGAAUGUGACGCAAAGAGAGGAGCUACAACAAUGGCAAAGAAAAGCACACCAUGGUCGGUCGAGGAAGUGACGACGUUCCUCCAUUACAUUGCUGAUGAUAAGAUCCAGCGGGAGCUCGAUGGGGCAACUCGCAAUAUUAAAGUAUUUCAGGAGGUCUCUACACUGAUGUCCACAAGCGGUUACUCAAGGACUGCCGUGCAGUGUAGGGAAAAACUGAAAAAGAUGAAGGGUGAAUAUCGCUUGGUAAAGGACAAUAACAACACGAGGGGUGCCAGUAGGAAAAACUGGAAGUGGUUUGACCUAAUGGACAGCAUUUACGGCCAUAGACCUUCUAGCGUUGGGAGGGAGGGAGGCCUGGACUCAGCAACAGCGUUACUGGAGUCUCUGCAUGAUGAUGACAUUGGGAAUAGCAAGAAGGAACCAACAACGUCCCGUGCAUCGACAUCCUCCAUAUCAACAGCACAAACUCCAGCUCGACCACAGACACAGACACCAACACGAGCACCAACGCCGAGUGCCAGCUCGACACCGCUAGGCAAGAGGAAACGAGGAGGAGAGGAACUGGCCCUGCUGGAACGGCAACUGGCCCAGCAGAAGGAACACCAGGAGCAGAAACUGGCCCAGCAGAAGGAACACCAGGAGCAGAACCUGGCCGAGCAGAGGGAAGACCGGGCCCUGCAGAAGGAAGACCGGGCCCUGCAGGCUCAGUACAUGAACCAGACCAUGGUGGAGGCGAGGGAGGCGAGGGUGUUGGAAGCAGCCUUGAGAAGGGAGGAGAUGGCUCACGCAGAGAGCUUUAAUGUAUCCUUCCUGCGCACUCUUUGCCAGGUGCUAGGGGGAACGGGCAGCCAACGUGCCCCGUCUCCUCCGCCUCUGUGAUCCAACAAAUAACCUCUGGCUGAGAUGAUAUUGUUUAUUUACAUUUGUACUUUCUUGUAUAUUUUUUAUCUUUAAAUGCAAUACAAUCAUUUUUUAUUUUUUUUUAU